UCGUUAAUGUUUGAUGACUGCAAGAAAGAGGAAGAAUGGAAGAUAAUUGUUUUAGAUGAUUACACUACCAAAUUACUGUCACUAUGCUGUAAAAUGAGUGAUUUGCUGGAAGAGGGUAUCACAGUUGUAGAGGACAUAAAUAAAAACCGUGAGCCUGCCCCAUACAUGAAAGCAGUUUAUUUCAUAACUCCAACGAAAAAGUCUGUAGAUGGACUUAUUGGUGACUUCAACAGUAAAUCAUCUCGCAGAUACAGAGCAGCAUAUGUCUACUUCACUGACUCUUGUCCUGACCAUCUUUUCAAUAAAAUUAAGUCUUCCUGCUCAAAAUCCAUAAGGAGAUGCAAGGAAAUCAGCAUUUCCUUCUUCCCAUAUGAGUCUCAGGUAUUUACUCUCAAUGUCCCAGAUGCCUUCUACCGCUGUUAUAGCCCAACUUUGCAAAAGACGAAUGAUAAAGCUUCUGUGAUGGCAGUUAUGGCUGAACAAAUCGUCACUUUAUGUGCCACUUUAGAUGAGAAUCCAAGAGUACGAUAUAAAAGCAAACCAUUGGAUAAUGCUAGCAAACUUGCACAGCUUGUUGAAAAAGGUCUUGAAAACUACUAUAAAACUGAUGAAAGGAGCCAAAUAAAGGGUAAAUCCCACUCUCAACUAAUAAUAAUUGAUCGUGGCUUUGAUCCAGUAUCAACUGUACUUCAUGAGCUCACUUUCCAAGCAAUGGCAUAUGAUCUGCUGCCUAUUGAAAAUGAUAUUUACAAAUACAAAACGGAUGGACUUGCUGGGAAGGAAAAGGAGGCAUUUCUGGAGGAAGAUGAUGAGCUGUGGGUGAAGAUUCGACACAAACAUAUUGACUAAGGUUAGCAAGAAGGCAUACUUUUAAAAAUACAGGAAAUACCAAAACUUAUGAAAGAAAUUUCAGCAAAAAAAAAGGCAACAGAAGGAAAAGUAACGAUAGCAAGUCUGACCAAGUUAAUGAAAAGGAUGCCAGAAUUCCAGAAACAGAUUAGUAGGCAAGUUGUUCAUCUUAACAUAGCAGAAGAUUGCAUGCGCAAGUUUAAACCUAAUGUAGAAAGCCUUUGCAAAACUGAACAGGACUUGGCUCUUGGAACUGAUGUAGAAGGUCAGAAAGUGAAGGACUCCAUGAGAGUCCUCAUUCCAGUUCUGCUCAGCAAAAAUCAUGACAAUUAUGACAAGAUCAGAGCUAUUCUCCUGUAUAUCUUUAGUUCAAAUGGAGCAACUCAGGAGAACUUGGACAAGCUGAUCCAGAAUGUACGAAUAGAAAGUGAUAGUGAUAUGAUAAGAAAUUGGGAAUAUCUGGGCAUUCCUCCUGCUUCUGAGCAAUGUAAACACCCUAGAAGAGAUCGCUCUUCAGAGGAAACUUACCAGCUUUCUAGAUGGACACCUGUUAUAAAAGAUGUUAUGGAGGAUGCUAUAGAAAAAAAACUAGAUCUGAAUGAAUGGCCUUAUUGUUGCCAGUGUCCUCCUACCUGGAAUGGGUCAGGAAUAGUAAGUGCUCGCCAGAAACCGAAAGGUAGUUACCAAGAUGAGCGAAGAAGUGGUACAAAACUGAUUAUAUUUGUGAUUGGAGGCAUUACGUACUCUGAGAUGCGAUGUGCGUAUGAAAUUUCUGAAGCCUACAAGCCUUGUGAAGUUAUUAUUGGUUCUACUCAUCUUUUGACACCUAAAAGACUCCUGGAUGAAGUAAAGAGCCUUAGUAAGCCAAAGGAUAUGGUCUGCUUUAGGGACGAAUAGAGAUGGUGAUUAUAAUGUAUUUGGAAAAGACAAGCAGUAUGUACAUAUUCUUAUGGAAUUAAUUUUUCCAAAUACUGUACUGGAACACUGUGGUUUUG